CCCCAUCGUCAACGCUCCCCGUCUGUCCCUCCAAAAACCAUGACCACCUCACCCUGACGGCGGCUCUAUACCACUCCACGCUCACUGAGGGACGUCGCUCCCGCGCCUCAUCGUCCUCGCCUGCCGCUGUGUCUGCUCUUAGAAAAGCGGCCUUAGCACGCUCAAAUCUAUGACUCGCACGUAGAUAAUCCUUCGCACCCAACCUCCGGACCCCUCCUUUCGCUUCUCCCUCUCUCGCGGCGACAACGCCAACGCAGACACACCUGCGCCCUCAGCUGUCUCGACGCUUUGAGUGCCCCGACCAAGCCCUCGCUUCGUGCCUGGCCUCCUUGUCGCUUAUCAUGAAUGGAUCAGACAUCAAGAAGGCCGCAAUAGAGAAGGCAAAGGCGAAGGUUUCUCAGGCUACCCAGCAAGCCGUCAAUGGAAACAACGGCGCCACCAAGAAGAAGCGGAAAGGAGAUCAAUUGAAGCCCAUCAUCACGACCGAGCCGAGCUCGCCGACUAACUCCACGCCUCUGCAUCACAGCCAGCCCCACAUGAAGGGUGCAUACACCAACGCACUCUCGCGCUCGCCGUCGUCCUCCUCGACGGAGGACGAUGGCCAAAGUGUCCAAGAUGAAGAGGACACCGAAGAUUACUGCAAGGGCGGCUACCACCCCGUGCAGGUCGGAGAACAGUACAAGGACGGCAAAUAUACAGUCAUACGCAAGCUCGGUUGGGGUCAUUUUUCCACCGUCUGGCUGUCAAGAGAUAACACAAAUGGGAAGCACGUUGCACUGAAAGUCGUUCGCUCCGCUGCGCACUACACUGAAACUGCUCUCGACGAGAUCAAGCUCCUGAAUAAAGUCGUUAGCGCGAAUAAAGACCACCCAGGCCGCAAGCAUGUGGUCAGUCUCUUAGAUUCCUUCACGCACAAAGGACCCAACGGCAAUCACGUUUGCAUGGUCUUCGAAGUCCUCGGUGAGAAUCUUCUUGGCCUCAUCAAGCGGUGGAAUCACAGGGGUAUCCCGAUGCCCCUUGUCAAGCAGAUCACGAAGCAGGUUCUCCUGGGCCUGGACUAUCUCCAUCGAGAGUGCGGAAUCAUACACACGGAUCUCAAGCCGGAAAACGUCCUCAUCGAGAUCGGCGACGUCGAAGAGAUCGUUAAAACCUACGUGUCAGAUCCGGCCAAGAAAGAGAAGGAGGACAACAGAAACGGUAGGAGGAGGAGGCGCACGCUCAUUACAGGCAGCCAGCCUCUUCCAAGUCCUCUUAAUACGAGCUUCAGCCAGUCGGAUCUUUCGCACUUCCCUGGCAGCACUCAGAGUUUGAAUAAGAUCAUGCACGACGCAGCAAAGAACGACAGUAAAGGUAAUUCUUCCCAUCAUACAAGUAUAUCCUCAGGGGAAAGUGUCUCAAUGAGCGGCGCGUUAGGCACUUCGGCUUCUUCGUCCACGAAUGCGGGCGCCGGUAAAUCAAUGCUUGAGACUCUCGGAAUCAAGCCCCCCGGAGGCGAGGGUGAUGCGCAAACGACGCGAGAGAAAUCAGCUGAUGUUAUCACACGUGACAUUUCUGGCAUCAACCUCGACACCUCGAAGAAGUCGAGCGCGUCGGCAGACAAGGUAGUAGAGGAUGUUUCUUCUGAAAUCAUCUCCGUUAAGAUUGCAGAUCUGGGCAACGCAUGCUGGGUCAAUCAUCAUUUCACAAAUGAUAUCCAGACUCGACAGUACAGGUCUCCGGAAGUUAUUUUGGGCUCGAAGUGGGGUGCCAGCACCGACGUGUGGAGCAUGUCUUGCAUGGUGUUUGAACUAAUCACCGGCGAUUAUCUGUUCGAUCCGCAGUCAGGGACUAAAUACGGCAAAGAUGACGACCACAUCGCACAAAUCAUAGAACUCCUCGGGCCAUUCCCCAAGUCGCUCUGCCUUUCCGGAAAGUGGAGUCAAGAGAUAUUUAAUCGCAAGGGUGAACUCAGAAACAUUCACCGACUGCGACAUUGGGCUCUACCGGACGUCUUGCGAGAGAAAUACCAUUUCAGCGCUGAAGAAGCCAAACGGAUUUCGGACUUUCUCCUCCCCAUGCUGGAACUCACACCUGCAGAGCGCGCCAACGCUGGUGGGAUGGCUGCGCAUGAAUGGCUUAGUGACACGAAAGGCAUGGAACAUAUUAAGCUGGACGUGCCCGUGAAGAGCAAAGGUGAGGGCAUCGAAGGCUGGGCGAGUGAGGUGAAGAAACAGCGGUAGCCAGUUUUCUUUUCUGGUUCCGCUGGGCCAACACUGUCCUCUUGUGGACAGCAAUGGCGCCAUGACUAUCGCGACAUGGUGAAGCUGCAGAUGUUCAAGGCGACGAAGAGACGGAAGUGCUUGUUGAAGAUGUAGUCAAUUGGGAACAGACGUUCAGACAGAGACUAUCACGACGGGAACGAAGGGGCACGGUGCAGAUUUGUUCUCAAAUGAUGGGCUCUGUCUGCUCGCGUGUGGAAGAGCCGGAAGAAUGUGAUGAGUGAUUGAUUAUGUAUUCGACCCCACCAACCGACUUUCCCCAAAACGUUUGCGCGCAAAAGUGGAACAAACAGAUGGCGAUGUCCCUCAUUCAACACAAACUCAUAAAGCCGCGUACGAAAAUUCAUGAAACCUUCCCGAUGAAACACUUCGUGCUUACAGAGCAGGCAUUGUUGUUGGCAGUAGACAUUCGAUGAUUUAGCAGCAGCAAACUCCAAUAUUACGACACUGGCGCAUCGUGGCGCAACUCCAGACGAGGAUUGUUCUUGGGUUUUUACUGGCGAAUUUUUGUUGCGUAGAAAGUCGAUGAGAAUUUGAACAAAGUACUCGAUCAUGAGUGUAGAUCUUACGAAUUGGGUCAGUUGGAUCGUAACACAGUAGCCUAGAUCUGUGACGAAUCCUCAUCGACAUACCAUAGCAGUUGGACGCAAGGCUCUCUGGAGAAAGACUUGUUCGUUCAGGCGCGAACCCUCCUCAUUUUAGAAAUGUUUGCUGGGCAGGAAUUUACGAGCGUUUACUACGUUGACCUAAGUUAAUUCUGAUUGGUCGUCAUCAUUAUUGGGAUCACGUGCGUUGCUGUGCUGUAUCCUUGUUUGUUUACAACCUCGCGAAGCUCCACAAACCUGGCUACCACAU